AUGUCCAGAGAAUCUCUGUCUAGAUCUUCCCGUAGUAUUUCUGGGGAAGAUAUAGAACACUCUAUUGAUAAUGUCGAGCAAGAACAAAAAUAUCAUAACACUGAAUCUCAACAAGCUGCUUUAAAGGCCCCAAGUUUCUCUGCUGGGUCUAUUAAUAAUUACUUAAAAAGCAGAUUCACUGAAUUGUUACCAACCAAGGAGUAUAUGCAAGCUAACAGGGAUUUAUUGAAUCCGUUUCCUGCUAUCAAAGAAAUCUCAGGUAAACAGUGGCUAUUUAUUCUUUCAGGUUUAGCAGCAUGGACAUGGGAUAGUUUUGACUUCUUUACUGUUAAUCUUAAUGUGGAUAAGUUAGCGAGCGAUUUACAAACUGAUGUGAAACUGAUUACUUGGGGAAUUACUUUAGUUUUAAUGUUGAGAACAAUCGGUGCCUUCAUUUUUGGAUACUUUGGUGACAAGUAUGGUUCAAAAUGGCCUUUCGUCAUUAAUUUAAUUUUAAUGUGUAUUUUACAAGUCGGAACUGGGUUCAUAAAAACAUUUAAACAAUUUUUGGGAGUUAGAGCUUUAUUUGGAAUUAUUAUGGGAGGCAUCUACGGCAAUGCGACCGCGACAGCUUUAGAUGAUUGCCCAAUAAAAGCAAAGGGAUUCAUUUCUGGAGUAUUACAACAAGGUUAUGCUUUGGGUUAUCUUUUAGCGGUUAUUUUCAGUAGAGCAAUUGCUGAUACUACUUCAAAAUCAUGGAGAGCACAAUUUUGGUUUGCUGCAGGUGUGUCUGUCUUGAUCAUAACGGCUAGAGCUGUAUUACCACAGACGGAUGCUUACCAGAAAAAGAAAUUAGAAAAGGCAAUAGAGGAAUCGUCUGGUGUUAAAACACAAUCCUUCGAGAAAAAAGCUGCUAAUGUUUUAAAGUAUUAUUGGCUCAUGUUAGUUUACAUGGUUUUACUUAUGGCAGGGUUUAAUUUUAUGUCUCAUGGAUCCCAAGAUUUAUAUCCUACCUAUUUAAAGACACAAUUACGAUUCAGUGACGACAGAUCUACAGUAACAAAUUGUGUCGCUAACUUAGGGGCUAUUUUAGGUGGUAUAGUCAUGGGUCACUUUUCAAACUUUCUUGGUAGAAGAUUUUCUAUUAUAAUUUGUUGCAUUUUAGGAGGUGCUUUGAUUUACCCUUGGGCAUUCGUUAAAAAUGGAGGUAUAAAUGCUGCAGUUUUUUUCUUGCAGUUCGGCGUUCAAGGAGCCUUUGGUGUUAUACCAAUUCAUUUAAGUGAACUUAGUACACCUGCUUAUGAGUAUAGAUCUUUCAUCGUUGGUAUUGCUUAUCAAUUAGGAAACCUUGCUUCAUCCGCUUCUUCUACCAUCGAGUCAACUAUUGGUGAAAGAUUUCCUUUACCUGAAAUAGGAAAAGAUGUUGUUAAUUAUGGUAAGGUCAUGGCAAUAUUCAUGGGAUGUGUCUUCGGGUAUGUGCUCUUGAUCACAUUUUUAGGUCCUGAAAUUAGGAUUGUUAGAUCGCAAGAAGAAGAAGAAGAAAAGGCUGUAAUUGAUGACAAUGAAAGAGAAAAAGUAUAUGCAGCAGGUGAAUUCGAGAGGGUUGAAAAGGAUAUAUAG